AGAGGAUUGAGAUUCCUGCAGGAGCAUCGCAUCCUUGUCUUGAGCACCAUAAAGUUCUGCUCACGCAUGUGCCAUCGACUUUUGCUGUGCUAGAUGCUCAUCGGCUCAAGCUGUGAUGUAGCACAUUCGCAUAUCGCGUUCACCGUUUUAUUAGUCGCAAUGGCUGAGUGGAUUGCCGAGGAAGCGCCGCCAGAGCAGAGCGUCCCCUUUCCGCAGCUUGUCAAGCGGCACUUGCACCAUAUCGGCAAGUGCCUACCGUGCUUCUACCACACGUUUAAGGGCUGCACCAGAGGAGACGAUUGCAGCCGAUGCCAUAUCUGCAGCUUGUCAGAGAUGAAGCGUCAGAAGGGCAGGCUGGCAAGGGCGGUGAAGAAGAAGGAGCAGGAGAAGAUGAUUUCCAGCAGAAUCACGUCAGUCUGGCUGUGAGGUGGCUUUUCGCUUUUUCUCUGGUGGCCCUUGUCCACAGAUCAGCGUUGGAUGAGCGCUUGGCCUGUGAACUCGGAUCCCUGAUCCCGUCAGCACGUUUCAACUGGUAGGUGUCCGGAUUCCCUCAAGCCAUCUUGCUUUUUUGCACCUAGGUUUGACACCUGCCAUUGAGUAAUCUUUCAUACCAAGCAAGGUCUUGGCGCUCAUUUGCGAGCUUUUGGGCGGGAGGUGCACAUGCCCCCGUAGCGCACUCGACCCAGAUUGCCGGAACACGUGUAGCUGUUGUUUUUCUCGC